GCGCGGAAGGGCGGGGCGACAGGAAGCGUGAAUGGGGAGGGCGGUGCCGCCUGCGGAGGCGGAGCCCGGAGUGGCCACGGGGCGGGGCGCCUAACGGAUGUGGCAUGGGGCGGGGCCCGGCCCUGACCUGCAGGCUAGCUGCCAAGAAGGUUAUUUCCUGCUGCCCUCAGAGCGAGCCUCCUCUCCCGAAAGGGGGCUGCAGGGCUUUCCUCCUCCUCCCCGUCUGGCCGCGCCCCCAACAGCGCAGCGCCCUCCGGGCCUGCUGGAGGUGAGGGAGGUGCUGCCUGCCCGCCCCUCUGUCUUCUCCUCCCCCUGGUGCUCCCCACCCUCCACUCUCCUCCCUCCUUCUGUCGACUCCUCCUGCCGCUGCUGCUGCUUUGGCUGCUGCGUCAUACGCCCCAAAGCCGCCAGGACGGAGGGGCUGGGCCCGGGCACCCCCUGGCCUCUGCCUGCACGCCCCCGGCGCUCACACUCAGUCUUCCCGCACCGGGGACUCAUCCAGGUCUCUUGGGUCUGACCCUACCUGGCUUCCAGCUGCCCCAGCUGUCACCGGCCCCCCCAGGAUGCAAUGGCGCAGCUCCCCCGGCUGAGCCGUUUGGGUGCCCCCUCUCUUUGGGAUCCAGCUUCCCCUGCUCCCACCUCAGGCCCCAGACCUCGGCUUUGGGAGGGUCAAGAUGUGCUGGCCAGAUGGACUGAUGGGCUGCUGUACUUGGGCACCAUCAAAAAGGUGGACAGUGCUCGGGAGGUGUGUCUGGUCCAGUUUGAGGACGAUUCCCAGUUUCUGGUUCUGUGGAAGGACAUCAGCCCAGCCGCUGUCCCUGGGGAAGAGCUCCUCUGUUGUGUGUGUCGUUCUGAGACCGUGGUCCCUGGGAACCGGCUGGUCAGCUGUGAGAAGUGUCGCCACGCUUAUCACCAGGACUGUCACGUCCCCAGGGCCCCAGCCCCUGGAGAAGGAGAGGGCACAUCCUGGGUCUGCCGUCAGUGUGUCUUUGCGAUUGCCACUAAGAGGGGAGGCGCACUGAAGAAGGGUCCUUAUGCCCGGGCCAUGCUGGGCAUGAAACUCUCCCUGCCGUAUGGACUGAAAGGGCUUGACUGGGAUGCUGGGCAUUUGAGCAACAGACAGCAGAGCUACUGUUACUGCGGAGGCCCUGGGGAGUGGAACCUGAAAAUGCUGCAGUGCCGGACCUGCCUCCAGUGGUUCCAUGAGGCCUGCACGCAGUGCCUGAGCAAGCCCCUCCUCUACGGAGACAGAUUCUAUGAAUUUGAGUGCUGCGUGUGCCGGGGCGGCCCUGAGAAGGUCCGGAGGUUACAGCUUCGCUGGGUGGAUGUGGCCCAUCUUGUCCUCUACCAUCUCAGCGUUUGCUGUAAGAAGAAAUAUUUCGAUUUUGACCGAGAGAUUCUCCCCUUCACCUCUGAGAAUUGGGACAGUCUGCUCCUGGGGGAGCUCUCAGACACGCCCAAGGGAGAACGUUCUUCGCAGCUCCUUUCUGCUCUUAACAGCCACAAGGACCGUUUCAUUUCAGGGAGGGAGAUUAAAAAGAGGAAAUGUCUUUUUGGACUCCACGCUCGGACCCCUCCUCCUGUGGAGCUUCUCACUGGAGAUGGAGCCCCCACCAGGUCACUGGUCCAGGGGGGAUGGGGACAUUCUCAAGGAUCUGUUUGGAGGGUACAUGUAAAGAAGUGGGGGUUUGGGGUGCCUGGGAGGGGGCUGGGGGAUAAGGAGGCCUCUUACAGCUUCCCUUCAGGGCAGGGCCCUGGGGGAGGGGUCUCACGUCCCCUGGGGAAACGACGGAGGUCGGAGCCAGAACCCUUGAGGAGGAGGCAGAAGGGGAGAGUGGAGGAACUGGGGCCACCCGCAGCAGCGCACAGUCGGCAUGGGUCCCGGGAGCAGAGGGCCCUGCAGGCCUCAGUGUCUCCACCACCCCCCAGCCCUAACCAGAGCUACCAGGGCAGCAGCGGCUACAACUUCCGGCCCACAGACGCCCGCUGUCUGCCCAGCAGCCCCAUUCGGAUGUUCGCUUCCUUCCACCCUUCUGCCAGCACUGCAGGGACCUCUGGGGACAGUGAACCCCCAGACAGGUCACCUCUGGAACUUCACAUUGGCUUCCCCACAGACAUCCCUAGAAGUUCUCCCCACUCAGUGACUGCCUCAUCUUCCUCAGUCCCAGCCCUGACCCCAGGCCUUUCCAGACACCCGCUACCCCCUUCUCCCUUGUGCCGUAGUUUGUCUCCGGGGACCGGGGGAGGAGUCCGAGGUGGGGUUAGCUACCUGUCCCGAGGGGACCCUGUCAGGGUCCUUGCUCGAAGAGUGCGGCCUGACGGCUCUGUGCAGUACCUGGUGGAGUGGGGAGGAGGGGGCAUCUUCUGACAGCUCACUUCUUCUGCUCACCUCCCCAUCCACACACUGGCACUUUCUGCCCUGACCUCUGACCUCACCUACAGCUGGGAUGUACCUGGAGGGACAGGGAGUAGUUCUCCCUCCUGCCCAGGCUGGAAUCCAGGGGAGUGGGGAAGAGGUCCUCUUCUCUGCCCCUUCAUGACUCCUAACCCCCCCCCCCCAUUUCCUUUGAUGUUAUUUUGUUACAGCUUUUGAGAUAUUUUUUAAGACUAUUUAACCCCUGGGAUUAGAGGUUGUGGGGGAGGUUGGGUGGUCCAGGAUUCCAGACUGUAUGACUGUAAUAAAGACAAAUAAACGUA